CCAAUCCUCAUCUGUUCAUCAUAGGAGCAGUGGCCGGAGCGAGCGAGCAAGCGAGCGAGCGACGGAGGACUAUCCCACAGCGUGUGAAGUCAAAAGUGAACAAGCAGGAAAAAAGUCUAGAAGCACUUAAGUAAACUUAUGACAACAGGCCGAGAGAAGCUGCCGGAGGAAGAGUGAUUAAAGAUCCGUGUGUCACAGACCGAGAGGAGUCUCCUCACUGGGCCGCCAUCCUUCCCGACGCAUCUCCCCCUCUCUCUGCUGAGCUCAGUGCCUGACGACCUUUGCCAUGGGUGAAAUGGAGCAGCUGCGGAAGGAGGCGGACGCGCUCAAAGACCAGAUCACUGCAGCUCGCAAGGCCGUGCAGGACACCACGCUGGAGGAGGCCGCCGCCGGCGUGGCUGUGGUGGGACGUGUUCAGAUGAAGACCAGGAAGACGCUAAGAGGUCACCUGGCCAAGAUCUACGCCAUGCACUGGGCCACCGACUCCAAGCUGUGUGUCAGCGCCUCGCAAGAUGGAAAGCUCAUAGUGUGGGACAGCAUCACAACCAACAAGGUCAACGCCAUCCCCCUCAAGUCAUCGUGGGUCAUGACUUGUGCCUACGCCCCGUCCGGGAACCUGGUGGCUUGCGGCGGUCUCGACAACAUGUGCUCCAUCUACAACCUCAAGGGCAAAGACGGCAACGUGAAGGUCAUGCGCGAGCUGGCGGCGCACACAGGCUACCUGUCCUGCUGCCGCUUCAUCAGCGACACUGAGAUCAUAACCAGCUCUGGAGACUGCACCUGCAUACUAUGGGACAUUGAGACAGGAACCCAGAAAACGAGCUUUGCCGGACACCAGGGAGACUGCAUGUCGCUGGCCGUGUCCCCAGACUUCUCGUACUUCAUCUCAGGCGCAUGCGACUUCACGGCCAAGCUCUGGGACAUCAGGGACGGCAACUGCAGACAGACGUUCGCAGGCCACGAGAGCGACAUCAAUGCCAUCGGGUUCUUCCCCAACGGCCAGGCAGUGAUAACAGGCUCCGAUGAUGCCACCUGCAAGCUGUACGACCUGCGAGCUGACCAGGAGCUCAUCACGUACCAGGACUCCAGCAUCAUGUGUGGGGUGACCUCCCUGGCCCCCUCCCUGUCCGGCCGCUUGAUCCUGGCCGGCUACGAUGACUUCAACGUCAACAUCUGGGACUCGCUCAAAGCCGAGAGAGUGGGGGCCCUGGCCGGUCACGACAACAGGGUGAGCUGCAUCGGGGUGUCCGCGGACGGCAUGGCGUGCUGCACGGGCUCCUGGGACAGCUUCCUCAAGAUCUGGAACUGAAGCAGAACGACAGCGGUUCACAUCUGCCUGAGAGUGAGGGAAGGAGAUAAUGAAGAGCUAGGAGUUUGAGGGAGGGAUGAGGAGCCACACAGGGUGAGGGGAGGGGGUUUUAAUUGUGCCAAGUCCCACCUGAGGUUCCAGGGGGGCUGUAAUAUAAAGACGUUCUCCUCUCUGUCCCGUCGCGUUCUCACCUUUCUUCUCACGCUAUGCGGGAAUUCGUUUUGGAGCAGAGGGGUGGGGGUCUCAGGAAAGAGCAGCCUCUUGAUAGCGAAUCAUAGUGCGGUUUAGGUUUUAAUAUCGUAUGCACAUUUACCACAGCGAUUGGAAGAUCACCCAAUGAGAACCGUUGCCAAACGGGAACGCUAGCGCACUGGACGAGGUAGAAUUCAACAUCAACGUAGGUUCACUCUAUAAUAAUAAUAAAUAAUACGCUGUUUCAUAUCAUUGCAUUUUGUUUCAGGCUGUUGUUUGUUCCUAGUUUUGGUAGCUUCUCUAGAUCCUCACAUUUACUUUCUUUUCAUCCUCCAAUUUAAUUUAAAACAGAGUUUUAGUUUGCAGACGUCUACGUUAGUGUUUGAGUUGUUCUGUGUGUGACUCAUGGACGACGUUUCACAGGACUUAGGGUCCCAUCAUUUCACAUAGCAUGUGGUAGCUAGACCUGAAAACUGCUUUGGGUAAACUGUUUAACUGACAGAUGGGAUAAUAAAAAUGCUUUUUAUGGUUCACUAAGCACUUACAAAAAAAAAAAAGAUGACCCAUUUGUCUCAGGAUAAAUCUCUUUGUAUGAGUGUUGUUUUGGAUGAUAACUGCUGUUGUGUGGACAUGAGCAA